AUGGCUCUGCUCCUGCUGAGCCUGGGGCUGAGCCUGGUCUCUGCCCAGGAGUUCAGCCUCCGAACUGUCGUGUGGAGCAACUUUGACCUGGCCAGGGUUUCGGGGACCUGGCACUCUGUCGCCAUGGCUUCGAGCGACCUGAGAUGGAUUGAGGAGAGCCGGGACCUGCGGGUCUUCAUGCGGCGCCUGCAGGGCCUGGAGGACCGCAGUCUGAAGUUCUGCUGACGCUUCAUGGUGCAGGGGGAGUGCGAGCUGGUGGACGUGGUCUGCAGGAAGGUGGAGAAAAGUGGGCAGUUUACCAUCGCCUAUGAGGGGGACAACAAGCUGACCCUCUUGGAGACGGACUACAGGCUGUACAUCACGUUUCACCUGCUGAACACGAGCGGGACGGAGACGCACGUGCUGGCUCUCUACGGUACCUGGCCCACCGCUGGUGGGGUCUCGCCCUGCCUCCAGGCUCCGGCCCCAGCAGGGCAAUCAGGGGCAAGAGUGGACGUCCAGCUGCCCACGCAUGUCCACACCCCAUGCUCGCAGGACCCCUCCCUCCACAGUCUCCCAUGUCCCCCCAGAUCCACCCCACACAUCGUCCCAAACGACCUGAGAGGGACCCCAGCCCCUGCUGUUCUGUCCUCAGGACGGAUCCCGGAGCUGAACUCCAGCUUCCUGAACAGAUUUGAAAAAAUCUGCUGA